AUGUCAGAUUCCCAGCAUCGUCAACAAGCUGCCAAGACGAAGCGUCCAUGUCAAGUGACCCAACCUCCGAGUCCAAAGAAGCAAAAAGUGGACCCUCCAAUCGCACAAGAAUCUCCUGGUCUAUUGAAGCACAAAGACAUUUUGGCUGGCCACAUUCUGCCCCUUAUAGGCAUGGGACAGCAUGCCUUUGUGGGAGCUGCUAGCAAGGAAAUGAAAGCACUCUAUGAGAACUUCUGUGGUACUGUGACGAAUCCUCCCCUUGUCAGUGAUGCAAACGAUAAGAAGCGACAUGCAACCAGCAAGGACACAUACUACAGUGCUGUAUUCUGCAGUGUGGAAUGUGCUGAACUAUGGGAGGCUGACAAUUCCAGUGUCAAAACUCCUCUUCCUAAAGAUGUUUGUACAGCCAUUGCCAAGGUUGGAAAUCUUUCAGUUGUUCAAUGGGCCCAUACGAAAGGAUAUCCAUUGACAGAAGAGACAUGUGCAGCUGCAGCUGAAGGUGGUCAUUUGGAUGUCUUGAAAUGGCUGUAUGCACAUGGCUGUCCAUGGGAUGAAAAGGCAUGUACAUAUGCUGCAUAUGGUGGGCAUUUGGAAGUUCUGCAAUGGUUGCAUGCAAAUGGAUGUCCCUGGGAUAAACAAACAUUCAAGUAUGCAGCUGCAAAGGGUCAUUUGCAUGUCUUGAAAUGGGCCAAAGACAAUGGUUGCCCAUGGGAUUUAACUGCAGGUCAUGGUGCUGCUUAUAAUGCACAAGUGGAAGCUAUGAAGUGGUUGGUUGAAAUUGGCUGUCCCUGGCAUCCAUACUUGUGUGUUGUUGCUGCAGAACGCGGACAUUUGGAUUACCUCAAAUGGUUGAGAGCAAAUGGGUGCCCCUGGGAUGAGUUAACAUGUGCUGGUGCUGCGGUUGGUGGUCAUAUUGAGAUCCUCAAGUGGGCCCAAGACAAUGGAUGCCCCUGGGAUGACAAAACCUGUUCUAGUGCUGCUUUAGCAGGUCAAUUGGAACUCCUCAAAUGGGCCCGAGACAAGGGCUUUCCAUGGAAUGAAGGGACAUGUUCUAAUGCUGCUAAAGGUGGCCAUGUGGGAGUAUUGGAAUGGGCUAGACAAAACCAAUGCCCAUGGGAUCACUUCACAUGUGUCUACGCUGCACAAGCUGGACAAUUGGGAGCUCUGAAAUGGGCCAGAAAGAAUGGCUGCCCCUGGACUCCAACAACAUGCGAGCAAGCUGCCCAAGAAGGUCAACUGGUAGUUUUGAAAUGGGCCAGAGACAAUGGAUGCCCGUGGGACCUCAAGACAUGUUUAGCUGCUGCUGAAUUUGGUCGUUUGGAGACCCUGAAAUAUGCCCAUGAAAAUGGCUGUCCAUGGGAUCAAAGUAUUUGUGCUGAUGCCGCCAUGAAUGGUCAUUUGGAUGUCCUCCAAUAUGCCCAUGAGAACGGUUGUCCAUGGGAUCAGAUGACAUGCCAAGAGGCUGCAGAAAAUGGCCAUUUGGAUGUCCUGAAGUAUGCCCAUGAAAAUGGCUGUCCUUGGGAUGAAGGCAUAGGCAGCUAUGCUGCUGAAAAGGGUCAUCUUGGUAUCCUGAAAUACAUCCAUGAGAAUGGCUGUCUAUGGCACAAAGAAGACUGUGAGUAUGCAGCUUCUACUGGUCAAUUGGCAUGCCUCCAAUAUGCCCAUGAUAAUGGCUGUCCAUGGGAUGUUUGCACAUGUGCUUUUGCUGCUCAAGGUGGCCACUUGGAACUACUCAAGUGGGCUAGAGAAAAUGGCUGUCCCUGGGAUGCUACAACACUUGACAAUGCUGAAAACAACAAUCAUUUGGAAGUUCUAGAGUGGGCUCUUGCGAAUGGCUGUCCCUCUACCUAUGCAAAUUAG